AUGUCGAAUACCGGCUGCAUGAUCGACGCCGGCUUCCGGGAAGAACUGAACAGGACCAGAGACAAGGUCGAAGAGGAAUUCACAUUCGAAAACAGCAAGGUAAAAUUUUUUGAGCGGUUUUUACCUGAUUUUAGCCUAAAACAAGGUAAAAAUGGUGAAAUUGUCAAAUUUUUGGACGAAAGGAAGCCUGUAAUUGAUGGGAGGAUAAAGGAAAUGGGAUAUAAAAGUAUUGUAAGGUCUUGAAGUUGUAAAAUACGAAGUGUAUUUUUGUUUUUUCUACAUUUUUAUCGGGAAUUUUGUGGAUUUUGCAAGAAAUCCCGGAAAAUAAUGAAAUCCACCAGAAAUUUGAAGAUUUUAAAGCGAAUUAGUUAGUUUUGAUCAAUUUCCGACCUUCAGGUUGGCCGCGGAACCUAUGGCCACGUCUACAAAGCCACGUCGAACAAGCCCGGCAAGGAAACGAAGAUGUAUUUCGCCCUGAAAUUGAUCGAAGGCGUGGGGUUUUCGAUGUCGGCAUGUCGAGAAAUUUCGUUGCUGAGAGAGCUGAAGUGAGUUUUUGGUUGAAAAACUAUUUUUUUUAGGAAAUUUUGAAAAAAAAAUAGGAAAUUUUGAAAUUUUUUUAAAAAAAAAGUGGAUAUUUUCAAAAACUUUGAGUAAAAUAAGGUAAAAUAAUAGCUGAAAAAGGUGGCUGGGUCUGUAAAAAAGUUUGAUUUGUGAUUUAGAGGCUAUGGCAAGGGGUGGCCGACAAUUUUUUUUGAAAAAAUAUUAAAAAAUUGGAAAAAUUUUGUGAUUUUCAAAAAAAAAUUUGCUUGAAAAUUAGCAAUUUUCCAGUCAUCCCAACCUGAUCAAACUGCAACGCGUCUACCUGACGCCCGAACGCAAGGUCUGGCUGCUGUUCGACUACGCCGAACACGACCUCUGGCACAUCAUCAAGACCCACCGCAGCAGCAAGACGAACAAGAAGCAGAUAAUCGUGGCCAAGUCGAUGGUCAAGAGUCUGAUGUAUCAGAUCCUGGACGGCAUCCACUACCUGCACUCGAACUGGAUUUUGCAUCGCGACCUGAAGCCGGCGAACAUCUUGGUGAUGGGCGAGGGCACGGGCCUGGAGCGGGGACGCGUGAAAAUCGCGGAUAUGGGCUUUGCCCGGGUUUUUUACAACCCAUUGAAACCGCUGGCUGACCUGGACCCGGUGGUGGUGACGUUUUGGUAUCGCGCCCCAGAACUUCUACUUUGCGCUAAACAUUACACGAAAGGCAUUGAUAUCUGGGCGAUUGGCUGCAUUUUCGCCGAGCUGCUGAUGUCCGAGCCGAUGUUUAUGUGCCGCGAAGAGGACAUCAAGGCCUCCAGCCCCUAUCAUCCGGACCAAUUGAACAAAAUCUUCACCGUCAUGGGCUACCCCACCGAAGCGGACUGGCCCGACUUGAAGAAAAUGCCCGAGUAUCUGAAACUUCAAGCCGAGUUCAAGAGAAGCAAGUAGGUUCUGAGGGAGGGAAUGGGAUGGGAUUUGGGGCGGCCAGGGGUUCAAAAAGGGUGUCUUAUAAAGUUCCGGUUUAAGUGUGGCAAAAACGUACCAUUUUGCAUCCGGGAGAUAUCAAAAAUGUGGCAAAAUGCUUCCCUCUCCAAGUGGAAAAACUCCGAUGUCAAAAGCGCAUUCGCUCUUUUUAUGAGGGACUUGGAGAGGGAAGCAUUUUGCCACAUUUUUGAUACUUCCCGGAUGCAAAAUGGUACGUUUUUUGCCACUAGGUCAGGUUCCCCACUGUGGCAGGAAGAAGCGAGAUUUUUAGCUCGAAAUGUUUGAAAAAAAUGAUUUUAACAAUUUCGAUCUAAAAACCUUGCCUUUUUUUCGAGCUUCACUAAAAAAUUCCUCAAGUUUUUUUGAAAUUUUUGUCUACUACAUUACCAAAAAAUCCGAAAUUUUCAAAUUUCCUGUUCAGUUUCGCCAACUGCUCCCUCAAAAACCACAUGGAGCACAAGAAGAUCAAGACGGACAACCUGCAAUUCGACCUGCUCCAAAAAAUGCUCACCAUGGACCCACUGAAGCGAAUCACCGCCUACGACGCCAUGGAACACCCCUACUUCAAGGAGGAGCCCCUCCCAACGGAGGAUGUUUUCGCGAGCCGGAAUAUCCCGUACGAAAAGCGAAGCUUUAUGAAUGACGACGCGGAUGAUAAAGCCUCGGCUUCGAAGCAUAUCCAACCGCCAAUCCACAAUGUCAUGCAACAACAACCGCAGAGCGGCCUGGAAGGGCCCGCCAAUAAGAGAAUCAAGAUGGUGGGGGAUUUUUUAUUUGUUUUUGGGGGUUUAGGACCUCAAAAAAAAUUUUUUUUUGAGGUCCCUCCGUUCUAAAAACAAAAAUUUUCAAAAUUGAUACAAAACUGGGUAGUGAUCAAACGCCAACUCAAAGAAUUCCUUCAAAUUAUGCCUACAAACUCUAGAUAGUCCUCAUUUCAAUCCCUGAAAAGUUUAGCCGACGGUUUACAGCCAAAGCCGAGAUAUUCAACGAUCUUUGCAGAUAAGAGACUAUGGAAAAUGAGGAGAGACGGUCAGAGAAAAAAACUUUUUUCCGUAAAUACUUUGGAUUUGCCCGGAAAAACUUUAUUCAAAAAAAAAUUUUCCGGGAAAAAUCAAAGUAUUUACGGCAAAAAAACUUUUCUCUGACCGUCUCUCCUCAUUUCCCAUAGUCUCUCGUCUGCAAAGACCGCUGAAUAUCUCGGCUGUGGCUGUAAAUCGCCGGCUAAAAUUUUCAGCGAUUGAAAUGAGGACCAUGUAGAGUGUGUAGGCAUAUUUUGAAUGAAUUCUUAGGGUUGCCGUUUGACACACUACCCAGUUUAUAUCAAUUUCGAAAAUUUUUGGUUUUGAAAUGAAUUCAAAUUCAUAUGUUCUCAACUCCAGGACCCCUUCCAACUAAAACAAGAGCCAAUGAACUUCCGCAACCCACCAGCCAUGCAGACCCAACCCGCUCCGCCCCCACCUCCGGAUUACGUUCAGGCCACCCAAGUACAACAUCAGCAAAUGCCCGCCCAUUCCAUGCCCACCCAGCCGAUGAACAUGAUGCCGCAGCCGAACAUGAACAUGUCCUAUCAGCAGAACCCGCCCAUGAUGAACCAACAGGCCCAACAACCGCCUCAAAUGCAGAACCAGCCACCUCAAAGGAACCCACAAAUGGGAAUGCCACAGGCACCGCAGCAACGUAAGUUUGUGGAAGAGCCAAGAGGAAAGCUCAAAUGGAAUUUCGAAAGGUUUUUUGGCUUGAUUCGAGACGAAAACGCGGUAGAGUUUACCCCUCCAAAAUUGAUGAUUUUUCGAAAUCAGCUCGCAUUUUUGCAGAAAUGCCCAUGAAUUCCAUGCAAGGGUUCCCGCAAAACAACCCGCCGCAGCCCAAAAUGCCUCCGCAACAAAUGCCGCAACAGCAAAUGAACGCGCAGCGCAACGCAUUCCAUUACGACCAACAAAACAUGCAGCCCCAACAAUUCGCCCAAGUCAAGCAGGAAAUGCCCAAUCCCAACCUACAACAACAGCGUCAGUUCAUGGGCCAAAACAUGCCGCCGCCGCAAAUGCAACCCCAUCAACAGCAACCCCAACAAAUGCGGCAAAUGCCACCGCAACAGAACAUGAUGGCUCAGCAACAAGGUAGUUGGAUUUUUGAGAGUCACGGCACAGUUUGUGGCCAUAAAAAAUUGAAAAGAAUCAGGACACUCCCACCUUUUUAGCAGUCUGUCGCGAAAGUAGAGCGCUCUGUCGCAUCGAAAAUCGCAUCGCCGCAGAGAAAAUGAAUUGUGUCGCGACAACGUCAAAUUGCUUUUCACUUCAGCGACGCGAUUACCGCAACGACGUGGCUCCCACUAUUUUCCCGACAGACUGAUAGUGAGCAUGCUGCGCCGAUCGUGUCACUGAAGUGAAAAGAAAUCUGAUUUUGGCACGAUACAUUUCAUUUUCUCUGCGGCGAUGCGACGGGGCGCUCAUUAUUUUCCCGACAGACUGAUAAAAAAAUCUCGCGGAAACAAUGAGUAUUGCCGAUUUGUGGAGAUAGGAAGUUCGAAGCUCGCGACUCUUCCGGUCAAAGCAAACCCUACUGAUCUGACCUCCAGAUUUGAUAGCAAAAGCUGGAAACAAUAACUAUUACCCAAUUGUGGAGAUAGGAUUGAUGUGAUAUCGUUUGAAAUACUUUUUUUUGAGUUGCGAAAGGCCGCUGAUAAAGAGAAAACUGCUCCACUUUUGAAAACUAAUAAUACAUGUUUGAAGAUGGAGCAGUUUUCACAUUUAUCAGCGACCUUUUGCAACUCAAAAACGCAUUUCACCACAAUUAGUAAUAGUUAUUGUUUCCGCGACAGCUUUUGCUAUCAAACCUGGAGGCCAGCUCAGUAGGGUUUGCUUUGACCGGAAGAGUCGCUAGCUUCGAAUGUCUUGCAAUGAACUAAAAAGGUUAUUAAAUUUUGCUUCUAGCGAUGCAACAACGUCAAUACGCCCAACAGCAGGCAAUGCGCGGCAACCCCAACAUGGUGCAGGGAAAUAUGCCGCAGGGCAAUAUGCCACAAGGCAACAUGCCACAAGGCAACAUGCAGCCCCAAAUGAGGCAGGGUUACAAUCCCCAAAUGAUGCAAGGGCAAAACCAACAGUUUAUGAACCAGCAGCCAAGAUACCAGUAG